AGGCCAUGACGCCGAAAAGGGUAGGCGUUAGGACCUGGGAGGACAACCAUGCUACAGAAGCAUUGCAGACAGAACGACUGGGAGGUGUAGUGGAAGAAAGGCAAGAGAAACGGAGUAAAUGAAAACACUUUUACCGAGAUUAUUGUGGGAUUUAUCUGCCAUAUAAAUAACCGAAACAGUCCUCAGCAAUGUUCCGGAGUCACUUCUGAACCCUUGUCCAGGUCACCUGUGAGAGAAGAAGACUCCUGUUGGCCCCCGGCCGGUUUCGAAAGGACACUUUGGGGGGCAUCGGGGCAGCAGCAGCAGCAGUUCCCCAUCUCGGACCCCUGGAUAGACUGCCUCUCUGCCGCGGCUCGCCAGCAUGACGGACGGUGAUGGGGUGAUCGUCAAGGAGGGAUGGCUGCACAAAAGAGGAGAGUACAUCAAGACUUGGCGGCCGAGGUAUUUCCUGCUGAAGAGUGACGGUACGUUCAUCGGCUACAAGGAGCGGCCGCAGGAUGUGGACCAGCUGGAGACGCCUCUGAAUAACUUCUCUGUGGGCCAAUGCCAGCUGAUGAAGACGGAGAGGCCCAAGCCCAACACAUUUAUUAUCCGCUGCCUGCAGUGGACCACUGUCAUCGAGCGCACAUUCCACGUGGAGACUCCUGAGGAGAGGGAGGAGUGGACGAAGGCUAUCCAGACCGUGGCAGAUGGCCUCCAGAAACAGGAGGAGGAGAUGAUGGAGUCCGAGCCCGACCCCAUGGACAUGGAGAUGUACCUGACCAAACCCCGCCUCAAAGUGACUAUGCAUGACUUUGAAUACCUCAAGCUCCUGGGCAAAGGCACUUUUGGCAAAGUGAUCCUGGUGAAGGAGAAGGCUACGGGGAAGUACUACGCCAUGAAGAUCCUCAAGAAGGAGGUCAUCGUGGCCAAAGAUGAAGUGGCACACACUCUCACAGAGAACAGAGUGCUCCAGAACUCCAAGCACCCGUUCUUGACGGGCCUGAAGUACUCCUUCCAGACCCACGACCGCCUGUGUUUCGUCAUGGAGUACGCAAACGGAGGCGAGCUUUUCUUCCACCUCUCUCGAGAACGCGUGUUCUCCGAGGAGCGGGCCCGGUUCUACGGGGCAGAGAUCGUCUCGGCACUGGACUACCUGCACGCUGAGAGGAACGUGGUCUACAGGGACCUGAAGCUGGAAAACCUGAUGCUGGAUAAAGACGGCCAUGUCAAGAUCACUGACUUCGGCCUGUGCAAAGAGGGCAUCACGGACGGCGCCACCAUGAAGACGUUCUGUGGAACGCCCGAGUACCUGGCCCCCGAGGUGCUGGAGGAUAAUGACUAUGGCCGUGCGGUUGACUGGUGGGGUCUGGGCGUGGUCAUGUACGAGAUGAUGUGCGGCCGAUUGCCCUUCUACAACCAGGACCACGAGAAGCUGUUUGAGCUCAUCCUGAUGGAAGACAUCCGCUUCCCACGCACCCUCUCUCCCGAGGCCAAGUCCCUCCUCUCCGGCCUGCUCAAGAAGGACCCCAAACAGAGGUUAGGAGGUGGACCUGAUGACGCCAAGGAGAUCAUGCAGCACAAAUUCUUUGCUGGCAUUGUGUGGCUCGACGUCUACGAAAAGAAACUGGUCCCGCCUUUCAAGCCCCAGGUAACCUCCGAAACGGACACACGGUAUUUUGACGAGGAGUUCACUGCACAGACCAUCACUAUCACGCCACCUGGACAAGAUGACAACAUGGAGUCUUUUGACAGCGAACGGAGACCCCACUUUCCCCAGUUCUCCUACUCUGCAAGUGGAACCGCCUAGAUGUUCCUCCCCGCGUUCCUCUGCGUUCCCCGGCGGUUCCGUUCCCAGCCAUCCCAGCAGACUGCACGCUCCAAGACUGUGGCAUGUUCAGCACCUCUCCUCACGUUCGGCACCUCUCCCGUCUUCUUUCUUCUUCCUCUCUUUUCUACAUUCUAUUCCCACACGAGUCUCCGAUUGUGUUCUAGUACAGACACCUCCCUCUGUGUUGAAAGAGAAGACCUUACCUGAGGAGAAGAUGCGAAAGAAACAAGACAAAAGAAAAACAGAACAAAUAACUUUGGUUGUUUUUGUGGCCUUAGAAAAAAAAUGUUUCUCAUGUCUUUUCCAAGGAUGCAAGAGAGGUUACACUACAUUGCGUUUCCAACAUGAAUUGCCAUAGUCAGACAAUCCUAAUUUACAUUAAAAAGCAGCUAACGGGAUGAUUACUGUGCAACAGUCGUGUAGGAGACAUGCUGAAAGAGAACACAUGCUAAAUGUCAGGGGAAGAGGUGAAAUUAGAUUUUCUGUCUGAAUUCAACUAGAAUGAAAGGACUUAAAACAAACAAGAAAAUAUGGCUAUGGACCAGUCAUGACUUCAAUCUUGAGAAUUCCUCCUUUUCCCUUAAAGCUCCCAAAAAAAUGAAGUGUCUGAAAGGGUUCUAUUUUGGGCUGUUACCCUAAAAAUAAAAAAGUCUCGAGUGGAAAUCUUACUGUGGAGAACUCUGUCAGUAUGACGCAUGUCUCCAUUCCAUUCACUGAGAUUGUAUAUCCCCUGUCCUACUUUGAAGAUGUAUCCCUUAUAUCUCAAGUCCAAUCAAAGAUGUAUAAAAAACUGACCUGAAAUAGAGCAUACAUUGAUAUAGAUGAGGCUGUGUGUAUCAUUUAGCCUCAACAGUGUCCAAUCCACCUCAAAAGACCUCUGCUACACCACUUAGUAAUGUGCAAUACAGCAGCAGACUACGCAAGGAAUCAUGACACCAGUAGAAUGACCUAAUACGAAAUACUAUACCAAUGCUGUCCAUUAUGAAAUGACUGGGUCCAGUCAUUAAGAACAUCACUUAAAAACUGGGACCAAGUGUUUGGGACCAACUCACAGAAAUUGGUCUUUUGAUUAAUAUAACAAUACAAUAGCAUUCAAGACUCUUUUCCUGGACCUAACCAACACCCACCACCCACCACACCCCAAACACACUCAUGCGCACACACACACUCACACGUCUCAGAAUUCAGUGCUUGUGUGUUUUUGUUUUCCUCUUUAACUUUGGUCUCCCCUAACAAAUGCUCUCGAGAUCUCACACAACUGACUGUUCAGGUACUUUUCUGGAUUUCUUUCUCUCUCUCUCUCUCUCUCUCUCUCUCUCUCUUUCUCUCUCGCGCUCUCUCUCUCUUUCUCUCUCUCCCUCUCUUUCUUUCCCUUUCUCUCUCCUUCUUAACCGGGGUUUUCCAGUAUUGGGACACCAGGGUCCCAGUGCCUUCACCACAGCCUCAAUGAGGUCACCAUUAUCGCACACACUCCUGUUUCUCUCUCUCUCUCUCUCUCUCUCUCAGAGACAAACUGGCUUUUGGUUCAGGGGAGACACAUUCACGUCGAGUCACGACUCAUGCCUUCAAUCUCACCUACAGCAAGAGGACCUCCACAUUUCUUUAAAACGUUUCCGUUGUUCUUAUUUAUAUGACAGCAGCAAUGGGUGGGAAGGGGGAGGUGGACCGUGCCCUAGACAUGCACUUUGCAUUCUCCACCCGCCCCUGAUUAAAAAAAAAAAUGUUUAAUGCAUUUGUACACUUCUCUGUACAUUGUUACGCUUUGUCGUUGAAGGCAAUUUACUCCGCAUUUCUUUAAGUGUCGAUUGAAAUUGGGUGUAAAUACCGCACAAAUUAUUAUUAUUUCUUUUUUCUUUUUUUUACAGCAAUUGAAAUGCAAUGCAACAUCUGAUGUACCCAUGUACAGAUAAGUGUAUCUGUAGCUAAAGAUUUGUGGAAAAGCUUUUGAAUAUGCCUUUUUUUUUUUUUUAAGAAAAACAAACAAAACACAGUGCUCUGAUCAGUGUUCAGAUUAAAAACGGCAAAUUUCAAUACAUAACUCAUUCAAUGUACUCUAAUGAAUGUAAUGGCUUUUAACUUUUUUUAUUUCUAUUGACUUCAAUUCCUACUUUGUAAGCAAUGUUCACAUUUUAGUUCUGAUUGUCUUCUAUGCAUAUGCACACUCUGCCUUUCCCGUCACCUUUUUGAAAAUAGGGAGAAGUUUUACAUUUUUUUUAUUUUUAUGAUUUAUAUUUGUUACUCUCAACCCUUCCCUUAAAUUGAAGACACCAGCUUUAGUAACGAAUAAUAUAAACUUUGUACACACUGUUCGGCUGUUUUUACGGUUUAGAAUGUUUUCCUUGGAAUUGAUCAAAUAAACAGUUUGACUAAA